AUGAAGCCCAGUAAAAUCAUCGAGCACAUCGUCCUCUUCAAAAUCAAGCCCGAUGCCCAAACUUCUGCAGUCAACGCGAUGGUCAGCAAUCUCAACGGCCUGAUUUCACUUGACCCAGUACUCUUCCUGACCGCCGGUCCACUCGUCCGCGCCAUAUCAUUAUCCUCUCUCACCUUCACCCACAUGCUCCAUUCCCGCUACUGCUCCAAGCCCGACUUGACUUCCUAUUCGGACCACCCGGCCCACGUCAGUGCUGUUGCGAAUUACGUUACGCCUGUAAUUGAUGACAAAAUGGCAGUUGAUUGGGUCUCUGACUUCACGGAUUCGAUCACAGUCCAUCCUGGUUCUGCCAUCCGGGUUACCCUUUUGAAGCUCAAGGAGGGUUUGGGAGAAAGUGUGAAAAAGGAGGUUUUGGGGGUUUUGGAAGGGAUUAGACAUGAAAUUCCUUCAAUUGAGCAGCUAACUGUUGGAGAGAAUUUCUCCCCGGGAAGGGGGAAGGGUUUUUCAAUUGGUUCGCUGGCGGUUUUCAAGGGAACGAGUGAAUUGGAGGCCGUGAAUUGGGAGCCCGAGAUGGCAAAGAAUAUGUUGGGAGUUUCUGUUUCACUUGCUUCUCUGAUCUUAUUGUGUUAUGGGGUGAGAGCCAUUCCAGAAGUCGACAGAAUCGUGUUAUAA